CACCUCUUCUUUCUCCAAUCCCACAACAAUCAACAAUCACAAAACUGAGCAAAAGAGGAGAGAGAAAAUGUCAGGAAGAGGAAAGGGAGGCAAGGGUUUAGGAAAGGGUGGUGCAAAGAGACAUAGGAAGGUGUUGAGGGACAAUAUUCAGGGUAUCACUAAACCCGCCAUUCGUCGAUUGGCCAGAAGAGGUGGAGUUAAGAGAAUCAGUGGUCUUAUUUAUGAGGAAACUCGUGGUGUUUUGAAGAUCUUCUUGGAAAAUGUUAUUCGUGAUGCUGUUACUUAUACUGAACACGCUCGUCGUAAAACUGUCACCGCCAUGGAUGUUGUCUAUGCUCUUAAGAGGCAAGGUCGCACUCUUUACGGUUUCGGUGGUUAAUUUAUUUUAUUUUUAGUGUAGUUUUGUUUCUAUAUAUAGUAGGUUCAGUUGUUUUAGUGGAAUUAAAAGAGAAUUUUACUCUGUUUGAUGUAAUUGCAAAAUCCAUGAUGAUAUCAAAUAUUAGCUGACUUUUGGUUAUCA